AGCGCCCCCCUUGAAACCGCUCCCCCGCUUAUUCUCUGGCUGUCGAUGUCCAGCGCUUCUUCCAUCCUCGCCUCUGCUCAUUUUCCCUCUCCCUCUUUCCUUCUAUCCUCUCAUCUUUGCGUCUGCGUCCUCAUCUCUUCUCCCCACACCAAAAUCACCUGAUUUGUCGCCGUUUGGUGCGUGUGGGUUUAACACUCCAGUUGUGGCGGCUUGGGUGUCCAGCACUUUGCCCAUUAGCAUUCAUUGCAUUUGACACCCUUCUAAGGCGUGCCUUUUGUCUGCUGGGAUCGCACUGGACACGGUUAUUGUCUUCCUCAUCUUGUGUUCUUUUCAUCCUACCCCAGAAAAGAACAUCGGCUCCCUCUGUCACCAAGAUGUCGUGGAAGCUCACCAAAAAAUUAAAGGAAACCCAUCUGGCCCCUCUGACCCAAUCCUUUCGGUCCUCCUCCACCUCUACAAUCAAAGGGGAGUCGGGUGAGGAGGCUCCUCCAAUUUCCCAUUCACCUAGCGUGGAAACACCGCCAUCGGAUGGUAUUUCUGCUUCUGAGGCUCUCGUCUCACCCCCAGUGGCUCCGGUAAAGCCAGGAAUCCUCAUUGUCACGCUUCACGAAGGUCGUGGCUUCUCGCUUUCCCCCCCAUACCAGCAGCUAUUCAAUUCGCAUUUUGGGAAUAGCAACUCCUACAGCGCCUCGAUACGCCCUGGUUCUUCUUCCUCACGCUCCACUCAUACUCCCUCUCAUAUACAACAUCACCGACCGCAUUCCACCAGUGGAGGGAUAAAUUCUGCGCCUACUAUUCAUGGCCGUUACUCAACAAAGUAUCUUCCCUAUGCCCUCCUCGACUUUGAAAAGAAUCAGGUUUUUGUGGAUGCAGUUUCGGGGACCCCGGAGAAUCCCCUGUGGGCGGGUGACAACACUUCAUUCAAGUUCGAUGUAUCCCGAAAGACGGAACUUAACGUUCAGCUCUAUUUGCGAAACCCUACCUCUAGGCCUGGUGCUGGGAGGAGCGAGGACAUUUUUCUAGGGGCGGUCAAAGUGCACCCUCGCUUUGAUGAGGCGCAACCGUACGUGGAUGACCCGAAGCUCAGUAAGAAGGACAAUCAAAAAGCGGCGGCUGCACACACCGAACAAGAACGUCAUUUAGGCCAGCUGGGUGCAGAAUGGCUAGACCUUCAGUUCGGCUCCGGUUCCAUCAAAAUUGGGGUCUCUUUCGUUGAGAACAAACAUCGCAGCAUGAAGAUGGAGGACUUUGAUUUGUUGAAAGUUGUCGGCAAGGGUAGUUUCGGCAAAGUCAUGCAGGUCAUGAAGAAGGAUACUGGCCGAAUCUACGCCCUCAAGACAAUUCGCAAGGCCCAUAUCAUAUCACGGUCUGAGGUUGCACAUACACUCGCAGAGAGAUCUGUGCUUUCGCAGAUAAACAAUCCCUUUAUCGUUCCGUUGAAGUUUUCUUUCCAGUCUCCCGAGAAGCUCUACCUUGUUUUGGCCUUUGUGAAUGGUGGGGAGUUGUUCUACCACCUUCAGAAAGAACAGCGUUUUGAUAUCAACCGUGCUCGUUUUUACACAGCCGAAUUGCUUUGCGCAUUAGAGUGCUUACACGGUUUCAAAGUCAUUUACCGUGAUCUGAAGCCGGAGAAUAUUCUUCUCGAUUAUACUGGACAUAUUGCCCUGUGCGACUUUGGUCUAUGUAAAUUAGACAUGAAAGAUGAGGAUCGAACAAACACGUUUUGUGGCACGCCUGAAUAUCUCGCUCCCGAGCUCUUGCUUGGUAAUGGAUACACGAAGACCGUGGACUGGUGGACACUCGGUGUACUUCUUUACGAGAUGCUUACAGGCCUUCCUCCAUUUUACGAUGAGAAUACCAAUGAGAUGUACAGAAAGAUCUUGCAGGAGCCUUUGACUUUCCCCAGCAGCGAUAUUGUUCCGCCAGCAGCUCGGGAUCUUCUUACGCGCCUGUUGAACCGUGACCCGCAACGCCGUUUAGGUGCCAAUGGUGCUGCUGAGAUCAAAUCCCAUCAUUUCUUUGCUAACAUUGAUUGGCACAAAUUACUCCAGAGGAAGUAUGAGCCAAGCUUCCGACCGAAUGUGGUGGAUGCUAGAGAUACAGCUAACUUCGACGGUAUUUUCACCGACGAGGCACCCCAGGACUCGUACGUCGACGGUCCGGUAUUGUCACAAACCAUGCAGCAGCAGUUUGAAGGGUGGUCUUACAACCGGCCAGUUGCGGGUCUCGGAGACGCUGGUGGCAGUGUCGUGGAUCCAUCCUUCGAAAGCAUUCCAGAGUGAUUGGUUCGAGACAGAACUUCAGCUGGCCCUUUUGGACAGAUCAGCGUUGGAUCUGAUUUUUACUCCUAGAUCUAAAGGAAGCUCAUUGGGAAACAGCAUGUGUCCCCUAGCAUUUCUUUUUUCUCGUUCUCGUUUUUGACUAUACAUAUCCUGCUACUUCCUGAAUGAUAUGUAUUCUUUUUUUUUGUCGGCGGGGGGAUUUCACGACUAUCCUUUUUUACCAGUCAUAUCCCAAGCCAGCGAUGAUGAAUGUCAAUUGAGCGCCUCUGUUCUUUCUUCCUAAAUUUGCCCGUAAAGUGUAUGCGGUAUAGGCAGGUUCCUUCCAGCCGUGAUUUCAACGCCCUUGUUCGGUGGCCCAAACAUUCAUUCCUUCGUCACUAUGCACCUUUCAAUGCCUUUUUCUUUUCCAGGGAAACUUCACUUAUCUUCUUGUUCCUGUUCCUCAUGCUAUGACCUUCCUGGUCCAAUCCCGCGCUGUUGGAAUCCGAUCCCCUGAAAUGUUCCAUACAUUAAGAAAAUAGAGAAAAACAAGAAAGUCAAUGAAUCAUCAAACCCGGUGCCUCGUGGGAUUUUUAACUAAUCUGGGCACUUUUUUUUCUGUUCUCUCCUUUAUAGAAUAAUAGUUUUCAAUGGAUGAAUGGUCUACAAUCAAUCGCCUCGAGAAGAGCAUAUGCCUUUUUUUGUC